GGUCUGGAACAGAGUCUGAUAGUGAUGAAUCCGUACCAGAGCUCGAAGAGCAAGACUCCACGCAGGCCACAACGCAGCAGGCACAGCUUGCAGCAGCAGCUGAAAUAGAUGAAGAACCCGUUAGCAAAGCAAAACAGAGCCGGAGCGAAAAGAAAGCACGGAAGGCGAUGUCUAAACUAGGCCUUCGCCAGGUGACGGGAGUAACCAGAGUCACCAUCCGGAAAUCCAAGAACAUCCUCUUUGUCAUCACAAAGCCAGACGUGUACAAGAGCCCGGCGUCAGACACCUACAUAGUGUUUGGCGAAGCGAAGAUCGAAGACCUGUCCCAGCAGGCCCAGCUGGCAGCUGCCGAAAAGUUCAAAGUGCAAGGAGAAGCUGUUUCAAACAUCCAGGAAAACACACAGACCCCCACCGUGCAGGAGGAGAGCGAGGAAGAAGAGGUUGACGAAACCGGCGUCGAGGUGAAAGACAUCGAGCUGGUGAUGUCCCAGGCGAACGUGUCCCGAGCAAAGGCAGUCCGUGCCCUGAAGAACAACAGUAACGAUAUUGUAAAUGCCAUAAUGGAGUUGACGAUGUAGCCGCCAGCGGGAGGAGGAGCCUUUUUUGGUGUUUCAGAGAAGAGUAAAAUGCAACUAAAUUUAAAAUUUGUACUAUUUCUAUCCAUUAAUAAAAGUCGUGGCUUAUUGUUGGUGAAA